CUCCUCACCGCCAUCCGCGUCGACCCCGCACUCCUCCAUGCAACCUGGAACACCGCAGCCAACGCCGGCAUCGCCUCCUCGUGGAUGCUCCUCCCGCUCCACCACGAUCGCCUCCUCGCCGCCGCAGCAGCACACGGUUGGGACGCUGCGCGCACCGCGCUGACUCGCGACCGCUUCGUUCGCGAGUGCGAGUGCGCACUCGCCGCCUACGACGGCCCCGGCAAGGCCGGCCCACUGAAGGUGACCCUCGCACGCGAUGGCACGCUCACCUUCACCAUCUCCCCGAUCCCCGCGCUCCCCGCCGACCCCUUUGCGCUCUCCCUCAUCUCCCACGACACCGACGCCCUCCCCUCCGCCCUCGCCGCCCCCCUCGAGCUCUUCCUCGACACCGCGCCGACCCCCGCCUCCGCGUACACCGUCACAAAGACCUCCCACCGCCCCCACUACGCCGCCGCCCGCGAGCGCGCCGGUCUCCCACCGCUCACCGCCCUCACCGCCACGAGCACCACGUCGCCAAUCACCGCCGCAGACGUCAUCCUCUGGAACGACGCCGGCCUCCUCACCGAGACCUCAAUCCGCAACCUCGCCCUCUUCCGCCGUGGCCGCUGGCUCACCCCCACCGACGCGUCCGGCUGCCUCCCGGGCGUCGCACGCCGCUGGCUCCUCGCCAGCGGCCGCGUGCACCUCGACACCGAGCGCGUCCUCCGUGUGGACCAGCUCGAGGACGGCGAGAUGGCCAUCGUCUUCAACGCCGUGGAGGGCUGUCGGCUCGGCGUCGUC